AUGAGUCAAAGCAACAAUGUAAACCCUGAUACGCUGGAACUUAAGGACAUUUGUGAUAUCUAUGACAUGGAUUGUAUUAUAAAAGAGCCAACAAAAGUAACAAAUGUAACAAGCACAUUAAUUGAUGUCAUUCUUACAACAAUUCCCCAACAUUUUUUGACAUCGGGAACGAUUGAUACUCAUAUAAGUGACCAUUAUCUUAUAUUCUCUGUGAUGAAAGCAAAAUUGCCUAGACCGAAACCGAAAGUUAUCAAAUACCGCAGUUAUAAAUAUUUUAAUGGAGAAGAAUUUAACGCUGAUUUAAGGGCAAUUCCUUUUCACAUAGCCACAGUCUUUGACGAUCCUGAUGAUGUAAAUUGGGCGUGGAACAAACUUCUUACCGAUUCAAGUGAACGCCACGUUCCAUUGAUACUAUGUACUAUUAUUCGUGGCAAUCAAGUGCCCUUUAUGACAAAGGUGCUUCUGAAAUCGAUUAUGACGCGUAAUCGUCUUCACAAAAAAUUCCUAAAAUCAAAAUCAUCUGAGGAUUGGGAAAAGUAUCGUAUGCAAAGAAAUUAUGCUGUCAGCUUACGCCGCCGUUGUAUUAAAAAUUAUUUCAAAAACAAAGCCCACAAGGGAGCAAGGAACCCCAGAGUAUCCUGGUCAACAUUUAAACCUUUUCUGCAUUCUAAACAGUCAUGCAUGAGUACCGAUUUUCAGGCGCUUUCUCGGUAUAUGAGCAACCGAAAUAGGCAUACAGUACUUUACACAUCGCAUACCUUAAUGUACCUUAGCGUACCUUAGCCUACCUUAGGGUACCUUAGCCUACCUAAGGGUACCUUAGCCCACCUUAGCCUACCUUAGGGUACCUUAGACUACCUUAGGGUACCUUAGACUACCUUAGCCUACCUCAGGGUACCUUAGCGUACCUUUGCCUACUUUAGCCUACCUUAUAAGGGUACCUUAGACUACCUUAGACUACUUAGGGUACCUUAGACUACCUUAGGGUACCGUAGCCUACCUUUGCCUACCUUAGGGUACCUUGGACUACCUUAGUGUACCUUAGACUACCUUAGCCUACCUUAAGGUACCUUAGGGUACCUUAGACUACCUUAGCCUACCUUAUGGUACCUUAGGCUACCUUAGACUACCUUAGAGUACCUUAGCGUACCUUUGCCUACUUUAGCCUACCUUAGGGUACCUUAGACUACCUUAGCCUACCCUAUGGUACCUUAGACUACCUUGAAAUAAAUUGAGCUAUUAAUGAGGAAUUUGUGUUAAUUAUAGGUCUACCUGAUAUGCUAACUUUAGCCGUUCAUUGACUAUGAACACACGCCAGGUUCAUAGUCAAUGAACUGCAUGGACAUAUUAUAUUUGUCUAUUAAUUAAAGCUGGAUUUCCUCUUGGAAGGAAAAAUUUGGGUUUCAAAAUUUUUCUCUCAAUUUUGUUUCGAAUUGUGGGCGGUCAAAUUUAACUCAUAUUACUUGGAUGGUCAAUUGACCACUUGCGUAAUAGACUAAAUUAUGAUCUAGACAAAAAUUUCAUCACAGCUUGAAAGAGCAUCACGAAAUUAGUAAUAUUCCAAAGUUUCGUUGCGAAAUGUAAUAAUAAUAUAGCCUUGCGAAGUUUGCAAUUUUCAGUCAUUUUAAAUUACAAACGGGAAAUUGACAAAUUAAAAUUGACAAAUUAAAAUUUUUAUCUAGACAAAAAUUUCAUCCCAGCUUGAAAGGGCAUCACAAAAUUAGUAAUAUUCCAAAGUUUCGUUGCGAAAUGUUAUAAAAUGCGGAUAAUAUAGCCUUGCGAAAUUUGCCGUGUUUCAGUCGUUUUGUAUUACGCAUGGGAAAUUGACAGCCCAAUCGCGUGUUGGGGCAUCAAUUUCCCGUUUGCCACAAAACGUAAGCGUUAGUAAUACAGCAAUUUUCGUCCAAGCACAAACCGCAAACAUUUUCGCGCGUUUGUUUACGUUUGAAACGGGGCGUUUACCGUUGGAAACAGAAAUGUUUCACCGCUCAUGUGACGUGUCACAUUGAAUAGCCUUAAGCUAUUUUUGGCGCAACUGUCAUGUUUUGAUGUGCCUCCGUGCACGUUUGAAUAUUUUCCAGCCCAUGAUAAUACGUUCUAGUCACAAAAAGUAUGAAUAUAAACAAAUUUGGUCGCUCUUACAAUAUCGUGAGCUUGGAAACACUGAAAAGUACACGAAAGCACAUCAAAACCAUAGAAAUAAUAGAUAUAGAAUGCGUACCUGAUCACGAAUCAUGCAUGUCUCCUCUUUUUCUCAUGCAGAUGAAAUGUAGAUGAAAUGUGGCGGUUAUGGAAAACAUUUUUUGUAGAUGUGUUGGAUAAACAUGCCCCUGUGAGAGUAAAAAGAUUAAGAAAAGGGGGCAAUAUUCCUUGGGUAAGCCGGGAAGUAAAGGAAAAAUUAUUUAAAAGAGAUGCUCUUAAGCGUAAAGCAAUAAAGAAAAAUAAAGAAGAAGACUGGAGACUAUAUAAGUCAUCUAGAAAUGUUGCCAACACUGCUUUGCGCAGGGCUAAAAGAGAUUAUUAUGCAAACAAAUUCACAAAUAAUAAACAGGAUCCUAAAUAGUCUAUUCCAAAUGACAAUGACGUUAGUUUUCGAGAUUUUAUUACUCAACAAAAAUCUAAGACAAAGAACAGUUUCUCAUUUCGACCAGUGAGUGUAACAUUGGUUUACAUUCUUCUAGUUAAUUUGUCUACCACCAAAGCGACUGGAAUGGAUAAAAUUUCGGCUAAAAUUCUACAAGUAGCAGCUCCAGUUAUUGCACCUUCUCUUACUGAGAUUUUUAAUAUGUCAAUUGACUCGGAACAAUUUCCUUCUGAUUGGAAAGCUGCAAGGGUUAUUCCAUUGUUUAAGAAAGGUCAGCGGUCCAUGUUGGACAACUAUAGACCGAUAUCAAUCCUUCCGGUA